AUGGGGGCUUUCCUGCCACUUGCGACCAUUGCGCUGGUCCUUCGCAUAGUGUCGCGUGUCAAGUUCUCGCACGUCGGCGCGGACGACAUAUCGAUCAUAAUCGCAUACGUGCUAUACGUGGGUUUGAAUAUCGCGACCGUAUUUGCGACCAAGUACGGGCUGGGGAUCCAUAUCUGGGAUGUGGAUUAUCCGCGGACGGGAAUUAGUAUGCAGAAGUGCGGCUUCUCAUCGCAAGUCCUCUAUCCCGCCUCCCAAGGCUUCACCAAGCUCUCCAUCCUCCUCUUCCUCGCUCGCGUUGUUCCUUCGACGUCCCGCUGGCGAAAGCGCAUAUGGACCAUCGCGGCAUUCGUGGUGUGCCAGGAGAUGGCGUUCACCAUCACUCUCUUCUUGCAAUGUCGGCCGACGAGCUACUACUGGGAUAAGGCGAUGAAUCCGCCAGGAACGUGUAUCAACCAACCGGCGUUUUACUACGUGGACGCUUCGAUUAAUAUUUGCACUGACUUGGUGAUCCUGAGCCUGCCGUGGUUUAUAUUUUCGAGUCUGCAAGUGCCGAGGCGAAAGAAAUAUGCGCUGCUCGCGAUUUGUUCGGUUGGUUGCUUGUAG